UAGUUUUUUUUUUCUAACUCUAUAUAGAGAAAAGCAACAUGAAAGGUGAAUUAUAUUGAGGGUUGGAAGAAGAGUCACUAUAAAGAAGGUCGUGGAUGGUGCAACAUGCAAGCACAACAAGAUUGGGUUAAAAUUGAAAAUGAGUAUAAGAAAAUGUUGGACGAGGUUGGUGGCGAUGAAUCAAAAGUCAAACAGCUAGAAUGCUUGGCUCGUGUACUUGGAGAAAGGAGAGGUCAUACACGGAGUGUUGGUCGAAAAGUGAAAAAUAUAGCACCUUAUAAUAUCCCAGCUCCUUCAACAAAUAAUGUAGACCUCAAUGCAUUUGCUCUUCAGUUGACUCAACAAUUGAGUCAACAGUUUAAUCAACAAAUGCAACAAAUGUUCAUGUCUCAAAAUCCAAACACCCAACCUCCACCGCCGGUUCAAUUCAAUAUUGAUCUCUCACAGGUACAACUUCCAAACAGACAAGUGAUAUAUAAUGAUGAUGCUCAAAGUGAUGAUGCUCAAAGUGAUGAUGAUCAAAGUACCGAUUCGCAAACUUCUAGUGGAUCAGAUUAA